CAACGGAAGUGAUGGAUAAGAAGGACGCGGGAGGGGUGAAGGUGUUGAGCUCGACCUCACAGGAGGUGUCUGUGGCGGUGACAGUGCACGAGUUGGCGGUGACUAAGGUGGUGGUGCACCCACUGGUACUGCUGUCAGUGGUGGACCACUUCAACCGAAUGGGCAAAAUCGGGAACCAGAAGCGAGUGGUGGGCAUCCUCUUGGGGUCACUCAAAGCCAAAGGCAUUCUCGACAUCUCCAACAGUUUUGCCGUGCCGUUCGAUGAGGACGAGAAGGACCGGAGUGUGUGGUUCUUAGACCACGACUAUCUCGAGCACAUGUACGCCAUGUUCAAGAAGGUGAACGCGAAGGAGAGGAUCGUCGGCUGGUAUCACACGGGACCCAAACUCAACCAAAACGACAUCUCCGUCAACGAACUCAUCCGCAAGUAUUGCCACAAUUCAGUUCUGGUGAUCAUCGACGCCAAGCCCAGAGAUUUAGGGCUUCCCACGGAGGCCUACAUUGCCGUCGAAGAGGUUCACGACGACGGCUCGCCCACAUCCAAGACCUUCGAGCACGUGUUGAGCGAAAUCGGUGCCGAAGAGGCCGAAGAAGUAGGCGUUGAGCACCUGUUGCGCGACAUCAAAGACACCACUUUAGGCACUUUGUCUCAGAGAGUGACCAAUCAGUUGAUGGGUCUCAGAGGUCUUGAGUCGCAGAUCGACUCGAUUCGCAAGUAUUUGGAUCUCGUGGUCAACAACAAACUGCCGAUCAAUCAUCCGAUCAUUUACUUACUCCAAGACAUCUUCAAUCUGUUGCCCAACACUUCCAACGAAUUGUUUGUCAAAUCGACUUUCGUUAAGACCAACGACCAGAUGCUUGUCGUCUAUUUGGCGGCUUUGGUCCGAUCGGUGAUUGCUUUGCAUAAUCUCAUCAAUAAUAAGAUCACAAACAGAGACGCAGAGAAGAAGGAGAACCAACCGAAAGACGCCAAAAAGGACAGCAAAGACUCGACGUCUGAAAAGGACGCCAAAGACUCGAAAGAGGGACACGAGAAGAAGGAUUCAGAGUCCGACUCGAAGAGCAAAAAACCUCAGAAUAAGAGCUAAAGACUGUA